AUGGGCAAAAGCCUUUCCAUCACCAUUUCAGCUCUUGUUACACUUUCUUCAUCUCAAACUCCUGAAAUCCAAAGUCAAAAUGCUGACUUGGCAGAAGAAUUAGAAAAAAAAUUCGAAAGCUUGACUAAGGAUUCAGAAUGUGAAGAAGGCAGUAAUGCCUGUAUUAAAGGAGAUUUUGCUAAAUGUCAUAAAGUAUUUGAAAACGGAAAACUUGUUAAUAGAUUUUCUAUACAACCUUGUGGUGGUGAUUUAAAAUGUUAUGUACUCCCUUUGGUAUUGAAGCCUGGAACGUCCAUCACUUGUACCAACUUGGAAGAUCGUAAUAGACGAAUUGAUGUAGCGCGUGGUAAAUUUAGCGCCACUGGUAAAUCAGAUCCAUUCGUUCCACCACCACCAAAAACAGCAUGUAACGAAGGAGUGGGUAAAGCAGAGUUUCGAAAAAUAAAUGCUGACAAUGCCGAAGAUUUAACAGAGAAAUUCUCAACGUUUACAGCCGAUCAACCAUGUCAAGUUAAUGAAACUGCUUGCAUUGGUCAAGUUUUUGCUAAAUGCGCUACUGUACUUAAGGAUGGAAAAUUUGUUAAUCAAUUCCAACUUCAAGCUUGUGGUGGUGGAACGAUAUGUAUUGUAGCACCUUUGGUAAAUAAAUGCGGUACUACUAUUACUUGUUCAACCGAACAAGACCGCAUAGAUCGUCUUGACCAAGCACGCAAAAAUCUAUAA